AGUUUCAUCCAGUGUUUUAUAUAAUGUGGUUGUCUUAAUCAAAAUGGGUAUAUAUUUUUAUAUUAUAUAUUGUAUAUCUAAUAUAUAGUGGGGAUUGCUCAGUCUGUCAUAGAUAUACUGGAUUGGUGGCCCAGGCCAAGAGAGAUGACAGCGAAUGAGGGAAGAGAGGGGUCUGGAGAUGUACAUCAUAUAUACUAGGGCUGUAAUGCAAUGCCAUAUCUGUAUCUAUUUUGUGCUCCAAAUAUCCAUUUCUGUAUUCAGAUAAAAAUCCAAAAUGGCAGUGAUCUAAACCACAUAUUUUUUUUAUUCUUUUCUCUUAAAAAAAAAAAAGAGUUAGAAAUGUCAAUGGCCUGUGAAUUCUAGCUCUGACAGUUCCUCAACCUCAGCUACAUCACAUAUAAAAAUGGAUUUCAUGAUGAUAAAAUAAAUAAACAGCAGAAUGUGUUUGUGGACUCCAGCUCCUAAGGGAAUGUUGGCGUGGUUCAUGCAUUCUCUGUAACUGAAAGUGUUAACACGUCUCCCGAACCCCCACAUGCUCUUUACAUCUAGGGUCAAACUAGUUACAAUUCACCUCUAGUAGUAAUUUAAUAUCCCUGCACAUACUGUAUGUAUGCCAAAUUCAUUUCGUGUGUGAGAAAGGAGGGCUAUUUUUACUGUGGCCUUAGAAUACAUUAUCGUCUGCUCCUGAAUAAGUAUUGGCAAUUGCAAGGUGCUGUGUGGAAGCUAGAUGCACAGGGACAGAGCAAAUCUGCAUGCUGCCAGCAUCUCAUUAUUGACCAUUCUUCUGCGUGGGAUAAAGAUUCACUCACAGCCAUGUGAUUUGAUGUGAUAGCCAUUCACCCAAGUUAUGUAUUCUUUUGCAAAUUAUAUCCUUUAAAAGUAUUUCACACUGCCAGCUCAUCAGAGAACAGCAGCUAAAAUGUCCUUUCAUCCUGAUGCUAUACUUCUGUUAGGAGCAUUCUGCGCUUGUGACUCACCUUCUGCUGCUGUGGAUGGUUACACUCUAAAGAUUUGCACUCUCCAAACAAGUGGACAAUCUAACCUGGAUCCUGUAGAUUUGUACCUAGAAAAUCCAACUGUAAUCAUAUAAUAAUCCUAUACUCAUUCCAGUACUCUUAUUCACAAUAUACACAUACUGAAUCUCCUUUUAACACACUUAAUUUUGUUUGGCUUUAGUCUUCUACACCUGCAUACUGUAAUGAUUUGUAUAAUGCUGCUAUCUGGUGUCACCCAGAAGAGGGUGGUUUACCUUUUGAGUCUGGUUGUUCUAAAGGUUUCUUCCUCAUGUCCUCUCAGGGAGUUUUUCCUUACCACAGAAAAGAAUGAUGAGAAAAUGGAUGGUGCUGACUGAAUUUAAUGUGCUUUAUGUAAAUAAAGACAUAUGAAUCUGCCACUGUUGGACAGGUAGACACCUACCUUGUUAAUUAGUGUUCCUCAUAAAUGGUUAAACAUGUGCAAAAUGGGUUCUAAGUGACCCAAAUAUUUAACAGUUUGUGAAUUUGAACCCUGAUGGGCAUUUGUUGCCUGAUAUAUAUAAAGUAAACUUCAAUUAGUGCUCUCCUCUUAACAUGUUGGCCUUUGCCAGACUGGUAGCUUUCGUGCAAUUGGUAAGCUCAUGCAGCCUUUAUGUGCUUGUAGUCUUACUGUAAAUAUGAGUUGCCUGAAUGCCAUGAAUCUCAGCAGUUCAAGUCAUAAUUAUAUGUAAGCUUCAGGAAUAAUUUGGUUUCCAGAGCGUCUGACCUUCGUCAUGGCUAGGGCAAUUAUAGGACAGUUUAUGCAGUCUAUGACUGGUAAUUCUUCAUUUGCUCCUGUUAUAAUCAGUUAGGCCACUGGCUUACUGAAAAUGCAUGUACAUAUUUGCAAUAGUAGUACUUGCCAAUAAAAAAACAAAGCAAUGUCUAGGAGUGUGCUAUUAAUUGUCAUGUAGUAGAUGGAGGAGAGCUUGUAUUUGUUAGAGAGCAGAAAACUAGAGUCAUAGACACCGAGUGUAAUCAGAAAAUCCAAAGGAGAAUAGAGAUGUGAAUUGGUAAAAUCUGUCCUCGUUCCAGGAAAGGGACAGAAGGGAUAAGGUUUAGCCUGGAAUGCAGGAGAGACAAAGGCGUGAGAGAAUCUGAGUAACAUAUAACAUGGACACUGCACAGAUAUAUACUGCAUAUUAAGAGAGGAUCACAGAGGUUAAUGAGUCAAAGAUAGAUAGAGAGAGGUAUGCAGUGAAAUGCCAGCCGAAAGGGAGGGCUGGUGGAGCAGCGUGAGAAAGACAGACACAAAAUGAGGGAGAGAGGGGGAGAGAGAGAGAGAGAGAGACAGACAGACAGAUGAUGAAGGAUGCUCAUACACAAAGACCCUCGCUCUCAGGAAAUAGUGGAAUAGCAUCGGCUGAAGCUCAGUGCCACUGUAAUGUAGGCAGACUGAGAUUGAAUCCAGGUGCGAGUCUGUGUCUAGGAGACUGAGGCAUGUCUGAGCUCAGAUCCAGAGUGCGCUGCAGGAGAGCAGGGAUACGUGCAGCCGUGGCUCUCAUCGGACUUCUGCACCGCUCACGCAAACAGCGAGAAAGAGAGAGACUCCGAAGCAGAGGCAGCCAGCGGAAGCAGGACAUGCUGACUCUCUCGAGUGUUCCCCUGGCAGAUGCUCCUCCAUCUCCACCAAGAACUGCUCCUGCUGCCUUGAAGUCUGCACCAUUUUUUGACUCACUAGAAAAGAUGGAGCAGGUGUCUGAGGUGGAUGAGAUGAGGCCAGGCCCACAGAGAGUAAAGGAUGAUUAUGUUCCACACCUGAGUAUAGAAAAGGUGCUACAGGAUGGUCCACCGUACCCUCAGGUGAUUUUUCCACGGUUGGGAGGUUACUGGAUCGAAGACCCCGAGACUCCAGCCAUCACACCGAUCUCUGGAGAAAGCAGUUGGUAUCAUGAGGAAGAUGAAGAGGGCGCGAACCCAGGGGGAGACUUUGGAUAUCGACUGGAGAGUAACUAUGGCAUACAAGCCUACCGCAAACACUUUCUGGGAAAAGAACACCUUGACUUCUACUGCACGGCCAGCAACCAUGGCAACCUCGUCCUGUCCCUCCGACAUGAAGAAACAAAGGAUCAGGAGCAUCUGCACAUCAUUUUAAGGACUCCAGCAAAGACAAUCUAUGACAGGAUUUUGGUCACGGGUUUGCCUGAGCUCCCCAGCGUCCCUCAGUUAGCCAAGCUGCUUUGUGAAGAUAUUGUCGGCUUGAAGUUCAGUCCCGUGUUGUACCCUAAGGGAUCUCAGUUAAUACUGAAAUAUGAUGAACAUGAGCUUAACAACACUUUCAAGUUUGGUGUCAUCCACCAGAAGUUUGGUCAGACGUCAGAAGAGGAGCUGUUUGGAAACAGUGAGGAAACACCAGCUUUCACUGAGUUUCUCCAAGUGCUGGGAGACUGUGUGGAACUGCAGGAUUUUAAAGGGUUUCGAGGUGGUCUGGAUGUCUGUAAUGGGCAGACAGGCUCUCAAUCGGUCUACACUGUGUUCAGAGGGCAGGAGAUCAUGUUCCACGUCUCUACCAAGUUACCUUUCACAGAAGGGGACACACAACAGCUUCAAAGGAAGAGGCAUAUAGGAAAUGAUAUAGUGGCAACAGUUUUCCAAGAAGAGGCCACACCGUUUGUGCCUGACAUGAUCGCGUCCAACUUUCUUCAUGCCUAUAUCCUGGUCCAGGUGGAGAAUCCGGGUACAGACGACACCACAUACAAGGUCUCCGUCACAGCAAGAGAUGAUGUGCCACAAUUCGGUCCUCCACUCCCAAAUCCGCCAGUCUUCAGGAAGGGCCCAGAAUUCAGAGAGUUCUUGCUGACUAAGCUGAUCAAUGCAGAGCUGGCCUGCUACCGCUCAGAUCGAUUUGCCAAGCUUGAGGAAAGAACGCGAACAGCAUUGCUGGACAGCCUCCAUAAUGAGUUGCACAGACAGACUCAGGUGCUACUGGGUCAGCCGCUCAGCGGUGAUGAGGAGCGAAUGGAGAACGGAAGCCAUGGGGGAAUACUGGAGUCUAUCAAGCGAGCAAUGCGUGUGCGUAGUCACUCAAUGGAGACGAUGGGGGGCUCUCAGAAGCAUGGCCGCUCUGCAGGGGGAGGAGGAGUGCCCACCAGUCUGAGUGGAGCGGGUCUCACCCAUAGCAACCCUGAGUGCAAUAGGAACUCGUGCCCAGUAUCAUCUACGGCUAAGUCUCCUCUGAAGAGCCCGGUGAAGAGACGGUCAUGUCUUUUCCCCCGGCUGCACGCUAGCAUGGACGGGCAGACAGAGCGUCUAACACGCAGUAUGCUUUGUGAUCAGAGGAGUCUAGACAACGGUCAUCUCUCGCAAGAGGUUAAAUCAGAGACCUCAUCAAACCCCAGCUCCCCAGAGAUCUGCUUGAGUAAAGAGAGUAGACCAACUCUGAAGCUGCAGGAGUGCACUCGAAGCCCAGAAAUCUCUCGCUCUCCGUCCAGCACAAGCAGCUUCAGUAGUGUGGCUGGAGACACGGACACACUCGAGGAAGGAGACCAUAACAAUCUCCAGGUUUCUCCCAGUUUGUCACCUGGGUGUAGCUCCUCUCUUGGUGUAGAGGGUCAGAGUGUAGGAACUCCUGUUAUCAUGUGCCGUAGUCCCACGGACUUCAAGAAUAAGAAUUCUCCCAGAUCCAGCCUGAGGUUCCGCUUCGACAAGUUGAGCCACUCAGCGCCUGGGCACUAGUGACUGGACAAUGAAGAGAGACCAGGAGCACUGUGUGGGCCAGAAAUGAGCUGUGGAACAAGACAACACACUGAGGAAGAGGGACACUGGAUUUGAAAUAUUGUUAAAGCUUGAGCUGCCUCCAAGAUGGCAUGAGUCAUGUGAUCACACACACGUCAUAUACACAAAUAACACAGCAUUAUUAGAACUUAGCAGGUUUAUCCUACCACUGAUCCUGUUGACCUGGAAUAUUCAGCCUAUGAUUUUGAUGAUUUUUUUCACAACAAAGGAUUGUGAUGCAUUCCUAGGAUGAUGCUAGAGCUUUUUAUAGCAAUAGAUAUCAUUUGUUGAGACAGAACAGUGAAGGUUAUGCAGGACAACGUAGCUGCAAUAUAUUUAAUUAAAAAAAAAAAAACUAAGUAUUCCAGACACCUAAGAUUUCUGUUAAGAUUUGAUGGUUUAGGUUUCACACUGGCCACGCAUUGUGCUUUAUUGUCUUUGACAGUUCAGCUGAAUGAGAUUAGAGUCCCGUUAUUUUCCCUCAAAUCUGUUAAACCAUGCAAGUAUAUGAAAAGCAGAUGAAAUACCUUAUUGCAGUAUUUCUCAAACUUUUUGCAGCCAGGGUCUCCUUUCAGUGUGAACAAAACUCACAGACUCCCUUAUAAUAUCAGCACAGAUUAUUUUUUUAGCAUAAUCCUACUAUACAUAUACUAUACAUAGCGCAUUAAGCAAAUAUGGGCCAUCUUAUUUAUUUAUUAAGAGAUUUAUUGAGAGAUUUUGAUUCCUGAACUUUCCCCCAAAGAAAUCACACCAGUUACACUGUGUUAAAAUAUUGAUUUUGUAUCAUUACCAUGCUUUUCUUAGUUUUAGCAAUAUUGCACUUAGAUUCUUAGAAGUUAAAAAAUAAUUAUACUUGUUUCUAUAUUUCGCAGCUUUUAUUGAACCCAUUCAAUUUAAGGAACCAGUUACACUUAUAACUAAAUAAUAACUAUAAUAAUUAUAACAAUAGUAGUUGGCAAUGAUCUAUACAAUCACCACAACAUUAAUAAAAAAUAGAUUAAAAUCUUUGGCCGCUUGGCUAAAUGUCACAAAGUCCCAGUGGUCACUAGGCACUGCGUUAUUGCACAUGCUUGAUUAAAUCUGUGUCUCUGUCAGUUAAGUAAAGAAUAAAACCUGGCAAUGAUUAUUUUCCUAUAACAGCAUGUCCUGAAGUUUUAUUCCUAACAUACCACAGCAAUUUGCCAACCCUAACAAUUUUUUUAUUAUUUAAGAAUGACACGUCAUACUAUUUAUCCAUUUAUAGUUACAUUUAAUGUUGUAGAAGCAAGUUAGUUCCUGUUAUUACUUAUGUCAUAGCGGCUAUAAACUGUUGUUUCCUCAGCAGAUUCUCAUUUUUUUCUCUUUCGAAGGUUAAAAGGCAAAAAAAUGCAGCUUGUCAUGUUAUGAGAAACUGGAAAGCCCUCUGUCCUUGAGAAUAGACUCCUCACAGAAGGAGUGAAUAGACUCCUCACAGAAGGAGUGAAUAGACUCCUCACAGAAAGCUUCACUAUAUCAAUUUUAACCUGUUUAUGUAGACAAUCUGCAAUAUAAGAUACAAGUCCCUGUGUGACUUGUUACUAUAUGAUACUAUACUAAACGAUAACUUUAAAAAGAGAUUUUUGUCUCAGUGUGACUACUCUGGUUAAAAAAGGUUAAAUAAAAUAAAUAACACAAUGUAUUAGAACAAGUGUAUUAAUAUAAACCUGUGAUUUGUCUUGCUGCCAGAAAUGCUUUCAGAGCUGCUGUUAUAGAAACUUAAUCAUCUUCUGACCAGUCAGAAUCAAGCAUUCAGCUGCACUGUGGUAUUAAAAAAAAGGUGAAGAUGUGCAUUGACAUGCAGGAGAAAGCAAUUGGAUUAAAAACUGGAAAUUACAAAUAUUUAUUCCUCAGUCAGAGGGAGGAAAAGCUGGGAGAGAAACUUCCAUUUACCAUAAGUGCAGGUUUAAUUUCCAGGAAACAAAUAUUUCAGCAACUAUUUCAUUUUAGAGAAUAAAACAGUCUAUCAAAUCAAAUAACUAGAUCAAAAAGUGAGAUUUAUAGUAUUUAUAGUAUAAUAGUAGUUAGCAAAGAUGGUACUGAACCCAGACCUCAAGGAAUAUGACCACUUUAGAAAUCACCUUUAAAUACAUCACCUCUAAAUACAUAUUUAUUCGAGUUGCACAAUGCUGUCUUUGAUUUGGAAUAAACCUGAGUAUAGUAAUGUUUGUUCCAGACAAAUACAAUGAGCUGUUAACUUUGUGAAUUUUUUAAUGCCAUAUAGAGAUAUGAUAUGUUAUUGGAAGGAAAUGCACUUGUUUGUACUAUAAGGCCAGCACUGUAUUUUUUUUUUUUUUUUCAUUCUUACCUGAUAGAGCUUUGGUUUUGAGCACAUUUGUGUGUCAAUCCACACCUUGCACAUUGCUUGCUUUUUUAUUGGUUUUACUGUGUAAUACUUUUAAAUCAUUGAAAAAACUGGGGGAAACUUCCCCAGUUAUAUGUUGGCCUGGGAAAACCCUUCACAUGGUCACAUCAUUUCUGAAAACUACAAGCUUUCCUGAACUGAAAUAUGUUUCUCUUUUGCGUGUAUCUCAACAAUAAGAAAAGUUAUAGCACUUUAAAAUCCACCAAAAGUGAAAAGGGAGAAAAAAGCAUUUAAAUAUUUCAUUCCAAUUCCACGCCUCACCUGCCUGUACAUUUAUAAUCUAUUUAUGGAAGCAAAAAAAAAAAAACAUUUCUACCAAAUUUUAAAGAAUUGUACAUUUACAGUUGGAAAUCGUCACUUUGAUUAUGAGCAUCAUCCACAUCAGUCUGUUUUAUCACCUGAGGUAAAAGUCGCUUGCCGCAUUUAAAUACGAGCCUCAUGGUCAUCUCUUGACUCAAAUGAUCUCUUUUCAUCUGUGGAGAAAUAAUCUCUGAUUAAUUCAGUAAGUUCUGUUCUGUUGGCUAAAUUUUCUUUUCAUUAGGUCAUUUAAACAUUUUGACAGGCUUAUGACCUUUUCACUAAGACAUGUAAAUAUCCAAAAAUUGGAUUGGAGUUUUAGUCAAAAUCUCAUUUUUCAUCCAGAAUUCAGCCACACUGACAUCUGACGGGUUUUCCCAGACCACCACACAAAUCCUUUAACUCAUAAUUCCCUGACUGACAUGACUAUAAAUAUGAUAACUAUAAUGAAUUCACCAAUAUGUAUAUUUAUUAUGUAUAUUGAGAUCAAUUAGGACAUCAGAAUGUUAUUAAACUGAACUUUAAUCACUAAUCCACACAGACAUUUAGCUCUUGACUCCGGAGGCCCACUGAUUUGCACAGACUCUGUUUUCUCUGUUGCCAACACUCCUGAUCCAAUUUGUGGAGGCCAUAUUCUAAUCGUGAUCAUGAUUUUUGUGUUUUUCAACCAAUUAACUGUAACUUACUUAAAUGUUAGUGAGCUAAUAUUAGAUAUCAGUCUUCAUUGACUCUAGUGAAUUUAAUUAUAUGCUUCAUUUUUUUUUCUAUGUUUAACUCACUGUUUGGUUAUAUAUUGUGAAGGCAAAUUUAUAUUUAUUUAAACUAAUUUGGUUUAGAUUUAGUAUUUAAAAGAUAGCCUUAAAUAUUGUGACCAAGGAGCAGGUGUAUUUUGAUUCAAGCUUUCAAGCACAAGUGUGCAAUUUAUAUUUUAAAAGAAAAUACUGUUCUGUUGAUUUGAAACAGUUGAUGUAAAACAGUGCAAUAAAACAGUAUUUGGUUGCUAAAUUGCCUGAAGCUGUGAUAAAUAAUAGUGAGUACAGUGCUGUGUAAACAUGAUCACUUCUGGAUGGGGUUGUGUUUGGAGCAGAGAAAACUAAAAUCCACAGGGUAGUGGGCCUCC